AUGGAAAAAAAAAAAAAUUUAGAACAAGAUUGUAUUUUUAGAAUAGUUAUUAUUGGAUAUGACUAUGAGUGUGGUAUAAAAUCGUUAUUAAAAAAGUUUACUUUGGGAGAGUUUUCACCAUUUCCUGAAAGUCAGGUUGGUGUAGACUUUGAUAUUAAAACUAUAAAUGUUGAUAAUCAAGAUAUUAAACUUCAAAUUUGGCCCCAAAAUAAAUAUUUUAAUGACACUUCAGAUAAAAGAGAUUUCCUUUACAAGGGAGCCCAUGGAUAUUUAUUAGUGUAUGGAUGUCAUAGCCAAAAAAGUUUUGAUAAUCUAUUAAAUGAUUGGAUGGUUCAAAUUGAUAAAUUUUCAAAUGAAUUCUCUAAAAGGAAUUUAGUUUUGGUUUGUAAUAAUUCUGAAACUCCUGAAACAUACAUGACCAAACCAAAUUACCUUGUUGAUUCCAAUAUUACCAAACAAUGGGCAAAUUCAAAAAAUAUUCCUUUUUUUGAAAUUAACCCAAAAGAGAACUUUAAUGUUGAUGAACCUUUUAUACAACUUGCAAGGCUAAUUAAAAACCAAAAUUUUAUUAAUUCUACCAAAUAG